AUGGAUGAACAAUUUAUUUUUUCAACAUCAUCUGCUUUAUUUGACACUUAUCUCGUUUAUGGUAUCAUUGGUUUACUUUUAUUUAUUGCAAUCAUUGGUCUAAUUAUUUUAUUAGCUACAUCAUGUUGUUGUUGUUAUUGUUGUUUACCUCCAAAAUCAUGUUGUUUAUGUUAUCAUCAUAGUCGUCGACAUUCGUCAUAUAAACUUCGUCAAAAAUUGAAACAUCCAGAUGAAUCAGUUAAUGGCGAUUCAAAAAAAAUUGCGUUCAUACGACGUCACCCAAGUGAUGUAGCUGAUUUUUCACAAUUAUAUGACUCAUGCCCACAUUUAAUCAAUAGUAAAGCAAUGACAACAAGUACAAAUAUGGACACAAGUUGUACAACAAUUGAUACCCUUGUUAGUCCAAUAUCACCAUGUAGUUCAUUUCGUUCAUUUAUUGGACCAGGAACAUCACCAAAUGAUAAGAAACUUUCAACUGUACAAAGUGAUCUUAGUAAUCCAUCACUAAAAAAUCAUAUUAUUAUUGAUAAGACUAAUAAUGCUUCUUCAUUAUCUGUUAAAGGUGUAUGUUCUCGCCCAUUUUCUUAUAUAAAAAAUACAAAUGAUCGUGCACAUAUUUUACGUCGUUUUACUCCACAUGAACGUGCUAUUCCAGCAAGUGUUGUAUCAAUUGAUGUAACUCAAAUAUCUUCAUCUGAGAAUGACAAUAAUAAUCAAACAAAUUCAAAUAGUACAAAUAUUUAUGAAACAGUUCUUCCAACAAUAAAUAAUAAUAAUAAUGAUACUUCAACGUCUGAUAUAUCAACACCUAUUUAUGAAACUGAAUGGACACAUAGUUUAAGACAAUUAAUGAUGACAACAACAACAUCAUCAAUUAAAGAUGAAGCUAUUUCUGUUAUUGAAGUAUCUUCAACACCACCUGAUUUAGUUCCAUUAGCAAGACAAUCUUCGGAUUAUUUUCAACAACAAAAUCUUCAUGAUAAAUUUUUAGCAAAUCGACCAACAAUAUCAGAUUCAAUGCGACGAGCUAAUAUGCUUAGACAAUUAAAAGACAAUGCAGCAUUUCUUUAUUGA